AUGCUAGUAGCUGAUCUUCCAAUGAAUUAUAGAACAAUUAAAAAAAAAGUACAACAACAACGUAUUUAUUCCGCAAUUCUAACACUUUGCUACGUUGAUUCAAAGAGCAAAGUUUUACCUCAAUUUCACGGUUUCCAUGGAUUUCGAAGGAAAAGUUUCAGCAAAGAUUUAAAGUUUGUCCAAACAAGAUUUUUACCCUUUCAGUUUUCGAUGCCUCUUCAAGUUGAACAGUUCUCGUUCACCUCUAAUACUCUUGAAGUUUUAAUUACAAGUUUCAGCAGUGACUGUUUUAAGAAAUUUUAA